AUUUUUAGCAAUAUUUUAAAAAACUUAGCAGAAUCUGAGAAGAAAUACAUAUAUAUCUCGGCUGUUAGUGUGAUGCGCAUUCAGUGACUACAUUCCGAAGUGUAACUACCACAAAUUGGAGAAUAUUUGUUGGUGCGACGGAAAUUCAGUGAAAACACAUUUAAUGCUAUAAUUACUGCGGACUAAAAAAUACAAACGUCAAAAUGGCUAUGUCCAAAACCACCAAUACUUAUAAUCGCCAGAACUGGGAAGAUGCAGAAUUUCCAAUUCUCUGCCAAACGUGUCUCGGUGAUAACCCCUACGUGCGUAUGAUUAAGGAGCGUUUUGGCAAGGAGUGCAAAAUAUGCACGCGCCCGUUUACAAUAUUCCGUUGGUGUCCAGGAGCACGUAUGCGUUUUAAGAAGACCGAAAUUUGUCAAACUUGUGCGCGCUUGAAAAAUGUUUGCCAAACUUGUCUGCUUGACUUGGAGUAUGGCUUGCCCAUACAAGUGCGCGAUGCAGCAUUAAAAGUGGUUGACUCGUUGCCACAAAGCGAUGUCAACAAGGAAUAUUACAUACAAAAUAUUGAUAGAGAAUUAGCGGACGGCGAUGGUACAGAGGCAGCUGGAACUGUUGGACGCUCCUUAGCUGCCAACGAAAUGCUUUCAAAAUUAGCACGUACUGCACCAUAUUACAAACGUAAUCGACCACACAUAUGUUCGUUUUGGGUAAAGGGUGAAUGCAAACGUGGUGAGGAAUGCCCUUACCGUCAUGAUAAGCCUAACGAACCAGACGAUCCGCUUUGUGAACAAAAUAUCAAAGAUCGCUACUAUGGUCGAAAUGAUCCAGUAGCUGAAAAAAUAAUGAAACGGGCAGCUUCUUUGCCAACACUUGAACCACCGGAAGAUCGUAAUAUCACUACACUGUACGUGGGUAAUUUACCAGAAGAGAUAACAGAACCUGAAUUACGUGAUCAUUUCUAUCAAUACGGUGAAAUACGCUCGAUAGCAUUAGUGCCACGCCAACAGUGCGCCUUUGUUCAGUACACAAAACGUUCAGCAGCUGAAUUGGCUGCAGAGCGCAGUUUCAAUAAGUUGGUAUUCCAAGGUCGUAAAGCAACUAUUAAAUGGGCACAUUCUCAAGCAAAACAAGUAACUGUUGCCAAAACGGACAGACGCUUCGAUCCAAGUACAGUACCACCAGUGCCGCCAGGCAAUCCUAAUGAUUUCUUCAAUUUACAACAAGAGCAAGUUUCAGUACUACCACCUGGUAUGAAAUUGCAUCAGAUCCCACCAAGCCUAAUACCAGCUUCUUAUCAGAUGUACUCACAAGCAUAUGCUGCACCAUACUCAGGACUACCCUCAACAUCAACAACAGCCGGUAUCAACACAAUAUCACCGCCAGCACCUGGACAAGUACGGUACCCUAGCCAAGAUCCUAGCCGCUUGGGUGCAGUUAAAAAAUGACCAAUUGAGAAGAGUUCAACAACUAAAGCCUCUGAGGAUUUUCAUAUGUAAUGUCUCUUUUAUUGUAAUUUUAUACAAUUUAAUAAAAUAAGUACAUUAUUAUGUUGAAUCCAAAAGAUUUUAAAAAAUAAAGCUUAUUUCU